AAGACACUGUAAGAACCGUAUGAAUAUCGACGAUGGAGGACGACUCGGACUCCGAGGACUCGAUGGACACGCUGGUGUUCCCGGACGCGCGGCGAGGGCACUGGCAGCAGCGUGCGCCACACGAGCCGCCCGACCACGUCGCCAAGGUAGACAGCUGGCUGCGAGCGCAAGAGGCCGACAAAAACGGGAACCGGACGGCGCCGCAGCCGGGCUUCGUCAGCCUGUUCGCCGUGCCGGCCGGUACCGACCACCGGCGGCCGAUGGCAACCGAGCGCCUCCAGCCCGACCUACCGGGGGACCGGUCGGCGGCGGGGCCGGUGCCGGAGCCGGAGCCGGAGCCGGAGCCGGAGUCUUCCAAGUCUUCCUCAAGGCACGAGCAAGCGAAGCCAUCGCGAGCAGAGCAUACCACCGGAAUGGAGCGGCACACGAAAGGGGAGAAGUCGGCCGUACGCCAGAGCAGCCGUACUAAGAGUGUGCUGGGUUCCAGCACUGGACCUUUUGAACCUGAGUUACCCAGUGCGCAUAGUGAGAUCUCAGUGCAGGCGCUUGCUGUCCCACCGCGGGCAGCAGAUGGUUCUCUGUCACGCAGAGAUGACUUAAGCAAGCAUGAGCUGAUGAAGGCCUCUAGUGUGCCUCCAUUAGAGAAGGCUGGUAAGUUUCCAAUGGAAAAGGUUGGCAUGCCUCUAGCAGAAAAGGCUGGUAUGCCUCCAGCUGAAAAGAGCGGCCCGGUUCAGCACUCUGUGAUGGAUGGGGAACAGCCCAUCCCGGGACCUGUCACUGCAUCUGUAAAGUCAGCGAGCAGUUGUGGCCUGCGACCGGCGGUGGAUGAGGAGUGGGAGAGUGCCGAUUCCUUCAGCGACACCCCAGAUGAAAGCCAAGCGAGGUUUGAUGAGCUGCUGGAAGGCAUAAACAGGGAUAUUCACGAGGGGAAGUUCGCAGAUCUCAAGGAGCUUCCCACGGCCAGAGUUGCUGCGAAGGAGAAGGCCAUAGACUACGGAGAGCGUCCGCCUGGGAUCGAUGCACGCGUGUGGCAGCCCCCGGGUGCGGUUCCGGAGGGACGCAGGACUUUGCUCUGGGGGCUGGAGGGAGCGCCAGACUCGUACUCGGCUGAGCAGCUACCGAAGGAUGUCCCCGACGCCGACAACGAGGGAGCUCAUGGAGCCGUCGGCGAGGCGGCGCUUGAAGGUGGGAGUGCUGCUGAGGUGGCCUGCGCUGCCCCUCUGACGAUGACUGCUGGGGACGUGGCGGCACAGCUCACCACCACUCGCUGGCUGCCAAAUGUCGACGCGUCGCCCGGAGAUGGCAUGACAGCCAGCUCCGGCGCCACAGACCCCUAUCUCGAGUGA